AUGGAACCCAACAAUUCAAUCAAUCACAUCGACGAUGAUGGUGAUCAGAACUCAUUUCCAAUCGAUUCAACACAAGUAAUCACACCAAUCGAUUCAACACAACUAAACCCUCUUUCCGAGUCAUCAGUUCUAGGGCUUGUUCUCCUUGCUCAUACGUUCUCAUAUGAUAUUCAAUACCUCACUGAGUCUCUCCUUCUCGAAAUCCUCGCAAGAUUGCCCCUGAAAUCAAUUUUUAGGUUCAAAUGUGUUUGCAAACACUGGCUAGACCUAAUUUCCCAGCCUUCAUUUGCCCGUUUCUAUUGCUCGUGUAUGCUCACAGCCAGCACAUCGUCAUCAUCCUUACCUUUCAGAAUUUUGUAUAGGUACAUUUAUGUGUCAAAAUUCACAGACGUUCUUGAUCGAUUCCGUCCCGAGACUUACAAUUCCUCAAAAUUCUCGGUCCUUUGCUCUUUAAAAAAAAAGCAGAAUGUGAGAUCAGGCUCUUUAAGAAACAUUGAUUCUGCUCGAAUAUCGAUUCCCGGGACUGUAAAGUAUGAUGACUCACAGCAGUGGUAUGAAGGUCUCUCGGAAAAAUUUCUGUCAUCUCCUGUCCCAAAGCUGUUGCUGUUGGCUGGAACAGAUAGACUUGACAGGGCUCUCACGAUAGGACAAAUGCAGGGAAAGUUUCAAAUGGUGGUUUUCCGACAUACUGGCCAUGCAAUACAGUCUUUGUUUGGCAGCUUGGACAAACUUGUAGCACCUGAUCGUCCAUGCCCCACUCUUGGACAUGAGUAUGGGCACAUCAUGGAACAUUUUAGGGCAGUUGUUGGUCUUCCUCUUGGUGAUCCAUCAAUGAAGUGGCCAACUUGCAUCAUGUAA